GCCAGGUGGCAGCGUCCAGCAGCUAGAAAAGGACAAAAGAAAAAAAAAAUUGAUAAGAACUGCCCAUCUAACUAAUUUAACAACUGCCAGCAGAGCGAAAUUAAUUAUCUUCGAUAAUAACUCAAAUUUGGCAUUCCAAGUAAAUACAAUGUGCGCAUAUUAACUAAAUAGCUGGAGAGUACGCAUUUACAAUUUUGCAGCUGGCGUUCGCUGCUCGGGUUUCGGCGAUUUGCAGUCGUGGUGUUUUGUUAUUGGAGCAGCAGCAGCAAACAAGAUUAAAAAUAAACUAAGCAUUUCGGAAUGUUACAACUUUGAUGGAAAAAAAUGCACACAACGCUGCUGAAUUCGUCACAAACGCACAAGUGCAAGAAGAAGUGCAUAAUAGAUACACGAAAUAUAUCUUCGGUCUACCAGACUCUGUGUUAAUUGAGGGGCACACAUAAAAUUAAAUGCAAACGAAGCAUACAACUAAAACGGAGAGCGUGAUUAAUACAGAAAUCCAACAGCAGCAAAGACAACAACAAAAUAACACGUUCAAAGUGAAGGUCAACGUCACAAGCAACAAGCAAUAAUAACAACAAGUACAACAACGCGAUAACUAACGGCAACUGUGGCUGCCAAAAACAAUUUACUAACAGCGCCUGCUGCUUGGAAUCGGAGCUAGCGCCUUGCAUAAACGUCAGUCUUCAUUCCAGUUCCAGGUUGUUUCCAAAAUGAGCUCGACUUUAAUGAUCGUGAGACAGCGAUUGCUGUUUCCAUCUCUGUUGUCUCUCCUCCUGCUCAUUAUCAGUGUGAUUAGCGAAGAUGCGAGCACGAUACCCACACAGAAUAUGUCCCACAAGGAGCGGGCUGAGCUGCGCGAGGAGGCUCGUGAUAUGUUUUAUCAUGCAUAUCACGCCUACAUGGAGAACGCCUAUCCUGCCGAUGAGCUGAUGCCGCUCUCCUGCAAGGGUCGCUAUCGUGGCGUGACACCCUCCCGAGGUGACAUGGACGACAUUCUGGGCAACUUUUCCAUGACGCUGGUGGAUACACUAGACACUCUGGUGCUGCUCGGUGACUUUGCGGAGUUCGAGCAUGCCGUGAAGUUGGUAAUACGCGAUGUGCAGUUCGACAGCGAUAUUAUUGUGUCUGUAUUUGAGACAAACAUACGAAUGGUGGGCGGUCUGUUGUCGGCACACAUUCUCGCCGAAUAUCUGCAGAAGCAGGCGGAUGUGAUGCACUGGUACAAGGGUGAAAUGCUUGAGAUGGCCCGUGAACUUGGAUAUCGGUUGUUGCCGGCUUUCAAUACCACGACAGGCAUACCCCAUGCACGUGUCAAUCUGCGGUUGGGCAUGAAGGAUCCGCAGCUCAAGAAAUCCCGGGAAACAUGCACCGCCUGUGCCGGCACAAUUUUGUUGGAAUUUGCCGCAUUGUCGCGUCUAACGGGUGAUCCCAUCUUUGAGGUACGAGCGCAUGCCGCCAUGGAUGCGCUAUGGAAGCUACGUCAUCGUGGCUCCGAUCUGAUGGGCACUGUGCUCAAUGUGCACUCUGGAGAUUGGGUGCGUCGGGAUUCGGGCGUAGGAGCUGGCAUCGAUAGCUACUACGAGUAUCUGUUCAAGUCGUAUGUGCUGCUCGGCGAUGAUAAGUAUCUGGCACGCUUCAACCGCCACUAUAAUGCUGUGAUGAAGUACGUCAGCGAGGGUCCAAUGCUGCUGGACGUGUUAAUGCAUCGACCACAUGCCAAAUCGCGAAAUUUCAUGGACUCGCUGCUGGCCUUCUGGCCGGGCCUGCAGGUGCUUUCUGGUGACCUAAAGCCGGCUGUGCAGACCCACGAGAUGCUCUACCAGGUGAUGCAGAUGCACACGCUCAUACCGGAGGCAUGGACAGUGGACUUUCAGAUACACUGGGGUCAGCAUCACUUACGUCCCGAGUUCAUUGAGUCCACGUACUUUUUGUAUCGCGCCACUGGCGAUCAUCACUACCUGCAGGUGGGCAAGCGGGCCCUGAAGACUCUUCAACAAUAUGCGAAAGUCUCCUGCGGCUAUGCGGCUGUGAAUGAUGUGCGGACGGGCAAGCACGAGGAUCGCAUGGAUUCGUUUGUGCUAUCCGAGACUUUUAAGUACUUGUUUUUGCUGUUCUCCGAGCCGCAGGAUCUGAUCAUCAAUGUGGAUGAGUUUGUGUUCACCACAGAGGCGCAUCUUUUACCGCUGUCCAUUGCACAACUAGGGAAUUCCACGUUUAGCUUUCGGCAAUCGGACGAGCACAAUGUACUCGACUUCAUGCGCACCUGCCCCAGUUCCAAUAAGCUUUUUCCUGAGAAAGUACGCAAACCAUUGCGCAACUUCAUUACGGGCUCGUGCCCGCGCACCACAACCGGAAAGCGUCUCAGUGCUCUGGACUUUCAAGCAAGCAAUGCGGAUCAUUUGCGAGCUGUUUACGACAUGGGCAUCACCAUGGUAUCCGUAGGCGAUCGUAGCCAAGGCAAGGUGCGACUGUUUCAUAGUUUCUAUAAUGCAAAAAGCCAGGAGGAAGGUGAAAUGGGCUUGCAGUUCAUGCAGGAAAUGCUGGAGCUAACCAAAAUGCAGAGCAUAAAUCAGCUGGCACAACUGCAGGUGCGUAAAUUUCAAGAGAUUUCGGCUGUGAACCGUUUAAUGGCUGUUGCCUAUGCGUUGGAUGAUCAGUCGCAGGACUGGACAGCUUUGAUGGCCGGCCCAUCGCAUUUCAGUCCGGAGCUGAUUGGAGAGCAGUUUGUCGAGGGUGACAUUGUCUGGGCCCGUCCGUUGCGGGCCUGCGAUGAGAGGCUGCACAAUGCCGAGAGUCUGAAGGGCAAGAUUGUUGUGGCCGAGCGCGGCGAUUGCACGUUCGUCAGCAAGGCGCGACUAGCACAAAAAGCGGGCGCUGCGGCGCUAAUCGUCUGUGAUAAUGUAGCAGGUUCUUCCGGCGAAACGCAGCCGAUGUUCGCCAUGUCAGGUGAUGGCACCGACGACGUUGUCAUACCCGUUGUCUUCAUGUACACCCUGGAGUUUGCCAAGCUCUCGCAGGCGAAGCUGCGGCGGCCACAGCUGCGGGUACGCAUCAUGCAAAUGGUGGAGUAUAAGCGCUGGCAAAUCGCCAAGGAGGCGCAUCAGAAUGAAACCGCAGCAGCAGCAGCAGCGGGGACGACGACGGCGAUGCCAAAGAAAAAGCCAGAGAAGGAAUUGUAGUGAUUGCUAAAUGAACCACUGGUUACUUCGCUAUAUCGCUUUAACGGCGCCUUCUUAAGUUCUAAAGUGCUUUUUUCGAUAUACAUUUCACUAACUAUACAACACGUAUAAAGCAUAUAUAUUUUGUAAGCUUCGUUUGCAAUUCCAUACUCCAUAUGGAUAUUCUUGUACUUUACUAGAAACAUAAGAUGAUCCACCAACUGCAACCACAACAUGCACAUCAGCUCCAUUGGCGCUAUUAUUUAUAGAUGAUUUUAGCAUUUGAAAUUGAAAUUGUGUAGCAUGACUCUCAGGCUAGUUAUCAGCUUCCUAUACAAUAAAUGCUGGGCUAUUUAUUGGCUCAUGUAUGUAUCAGAUAUGUACGAUAUUGUGUAUGCAUACGAUUCAAUUGUAUAUGUAUAGUUGUAAUAUGUAAUCUAUAAACUUUCACAAUUUUUAUAUGAUAAAUUUUACUUUCGUGUAAGUAAAUAUCUUAUGUAAAUAAAUUAGCUGUUAAUAAGUAAAAUAAAAUCAAUUGCAUAAUAACAAUAAAAUUAUAAAUAAUUAUAUUAAUGAAUUAGCUCAUAAUGUUGUAUUUGUAACAAUUGAAAGAAUGUGUAGUUGAAAUUGAUUAGUUCAUAUACCAAAAUGCGUUUUAAAUACAUCAUUUCAAAAUAACAAAUA